GCAAAUUAACACUUUUGCGAGUAAAAAAAUCUUCUAAAAAUGAUUCAUUUUUUUCUGAUUUUUUUAUCAGGAAGUUUAGUUUUUUUUUUGAACGAAUAGAGAAUUGUACACACGCAAUUCCCAAAAAUUACCAAUUUGUCCGAUAGAUUUGACUUUAAGCAGGAUAGUGAUACCGGAACGAGAGAAGGCUGGGAUGAACGAAAGAAAAAGAGAAAGAGGGGACUUCUCGUGCUAACAGAAGGGAUAAGAAACCCAUGCACGUACUCUUACCAGCGGUACGACGACUUCAGUCUGACGAUCGCUUCCAUGGAGUGAAGUUGACCGAGUCCGACGAUAAUCCAGGAUCGUCUAUCGGUUCGAGCACACAGUGACUUGGAUCCUGACGUGUGAUCGGUGCAAAAAAAAGAAAGAAAAAGAAAGAGAUUCGACUGUGUGCUCCGAAAUUUUAGCACGAUAAAAACGUCCCUUUAGGUCAUAUAAUAAUUUAUAAUAAAAUUCGGAAGAAAUUAAAUCAAGACGCGAGUGAUCAGCUCGUUUGGCGAUGUAAGAAUAAAAAAUUUAUAAAAAUAUCGUAUCGUUAAACGAUCGCUACAAUAAAAAGGAAAGAGGAAAGAAGUUUUCCUUUUUAUUAUCAAAAUCAUUAACUAUUUCUAGGAACGCGAAGGCAAGCCGGAGAGCUGAUCCUUCCGGCAUUUUAUUACCGCGAUAAUUUACAUAAUAAUUGAAUUUACGUAGUAGAAUUUACUUUUCGCGUAGAAUUUCUCGCGCGGAAAAAAAACGCAUUGUGCGUUUUCACGACGACCGAGCGAUUUGCGACUUCGCCGUGAGGAAGCCGCCGAUUUUGCGGCGCGAAGUGCGUGGUGUGCAGCCGGCGGGAGAAAGUGCCUGUUUCGUUGUGCGUCGUUCAUCGAUUUUUCGGUGGAUAUUAUCCACGGUGACGGCGGUGGAAUCGAUGAUCGAUCAUCAUCGGCGUCCCGCCUGACAAUGAGAGACUCGCGUCUUCUCAGGACAGCAUGACUCUCGGCGCGUGCGACCGUCCGCGUGCGUUAACAUGCGCGAAGACACGCGUGUCCGCGGGUACCGCUAGAUCCUCCUGAAGUGAUAUUAACGCCUGGCUUAGAGAAAAAGAGAGACCCACUGGCAAGGAUCGUCGAAAGUGACAGAGAUCGAGGACCGAUCGCGAGGACAACCGUUGGCCGGCAGACGUGAGCUACAAGCUGAAGAAAUCAAUUAUAUCGUAGUCAUGAACCUCGCGCUGCAUGGAUUUUUGCUGCAAAUUUUCGUGUCGAUUCUCGACUUUCGUCAUGGCCGUUUGUUAUGCAGCGCGGGGGAACCUGGCUAUCUGGACUUCGACAACCUGCCGGAGACGAAUUUCUCGUGUCAAGGAAAAGUGAUCGGCGGAUACUACGCGGACGUCGAGGCGGGCUGUCAAAUGUUUCAUGUCUGCACUAUCGGCCAGAAAGACUUGGUUUCAGACGAGAUUAUGGACAUAAAAUUCCUCUGUCUGAACGGAACCGUCUUCGAUCAGGAGACCAGAGUCUGCGAGAGGGUUGAUGAAGUUGACUGCAGCAAGAGCGAGCGGUUCUACAAUUUGAAUCUGGAGCUGUAUGGCAAUAACGCUGUGACACUUAGCUUGAACGGUGAUGACGAGGACGAUCUAACGAUUGACCCGGUGGAGGAUCAUCAGUCGCGAACUACAUCGGCGCGACCUAGCACGACUAGCACAACUAGCACGACCACAUCCCGGCCUAGCAAAUCAUCCACCACGGCAGCCAGUGGUUCCUUCCAGCACCCAGUCGGUUAUCCGCAGCACUAUCAGCCGCAACCGCCGUUCCCACAGGUACACAGCCAGUCCAAGUCACUGUACGAUGACAAGAACAGCGGUUACCAUCACCAGUAUAUUUUCCACAAUGGCGGCGAACGCGCCAGCAAUCAGGCCACGUCCUAUCAAUUGUUCAGUAAUCAGGGUGCCGUAAGCUCGACGACCGUACCGCCGGCGCCACCCCCGCCACCUCCGCCGCAGAUCCAUCAGAUCAGGUACAGCUCGACGGUGGGUCCGCCACCGCAGAUCAUUCACAGCGAACCAUCUACCGUGACGCCGUUGUUCGCGACGUCCUCCACGAUACAGACGCUGCUCAACAGUAACGUGAACAAUCCGGCGGCUUUGAUCAACCCUAUCUUUCACAAUCACGGGAUCGCGAGCACUACUGAACACUUCUCCAUCCAUAGCAACAAUCCACGCGAGACUAUUGACUAUCGUGACGAUGAUCAGGAACAAGAUAUAAGAGCAUUGGAAGCGAUACAAUCGGUGAACAAGGGCAAGAUUUCUAAGCUGACAAUAUCUCCAGUGCCAAACCAGCAAGAAUCGUCCCGAAUAGUACAGACGAAAACAAGUCAAUCAUCGCAGCAAAGGAUAUCCGGCAACUUUUUGCCGACUCCAGCCAUCGAAACAACUAUGAGAUCAUUCUACCCGACACCGAGACCUUCUCCGAAAUCUCCGCAGUCGUUACAAUCAGUCACUCACCAAGUUACCCAACAUAUUCACGUGCCGCAGCUCAAACCUCAUCAGAUCACCAUAAAUCUGCCGCCACCAGAUAUCCAGAGAAUCGUGCAGAACCCGUCGCCUCUGCUGCCUUCGCAAUCCCGGGUGAUUGUCACGGCGAAGGCAAGCGUGAGCGAUGAAUCUGGUAGACCUUUGAACACUACGCAAUUAGUGACGUUGCCGUUGCCAACUAUACCGGCCAGCUAUGAUGAUUACAAGGAGGGUGAUGAGUCCUUUGAUCCCUUUUAUCGCGACGUUCCGAAAAUUCGCAAAAAUCGCCAGAACGCGAUGGAGAACAUAAGAUUCUCGCGCGCGAAACGAUCGCUUGAGCAAUCCUAUCACUUUGUUUACGGAGUGGACAGUCGUCAGAAUUUCAAGGUGAUAGGAAAAAGUGAACCGCGUAAGAAUGAAGAUAAUGUGAUAAAUAAAGAAAGUACGCGUGUCCAAGUCAAUCUCGAAGAUUUUCGGGCUCUUAAAGGAAGUCUGAUAAAAUUUAGGGACAUCUUAUUUAGCGACAAUGUGAACAAAGAUUCCUCUCACAAUGAUGCUGAAGAAAAUAAAAAUAAUACCGAAAGUGUUGGGAUAAACAGCAAGACUUUUGAUACAAUAUCUGUAAAGCAGGUGCAAGAUAAUGCAAUAAAAAAAGUAGACUAUCUGGAAGACUUGAAGACAGAAGCCUCUAAACACUUAAAUUUAAAUAAAAAUACGGAUAAGGAAGAAGAAGAUGAGAAAACAAGUCAUGAAGAUUCGACUCCAAAUGUUAAAGUUAAAACUGAAAAAUCGCUUGAUGAAAAGAAACACAUUAAGAAUACGUCGGAACUUGAAAUUUACAUUGAAUCUACGACUGCUCAUCCUCGAAAAAAUGAAUCUCAAGGAGACGUUAUAGAUUUAAUAAUACUUGAUUCUAACAAUAAUUUUAAAGUGAAAGCCACGUCCGCCAAGACUGACGCACCUAUCGAGAUUAUCAUCAAGGAAACAAAAUCUGACACGCAUGACACAUCGAAGAUUGACGAGAAAGUUGCACACGAAGGACAAAUCGCAGGAUCCUUGGUAAAAGAUGACCCGGGAAAGCAAUCCGGGAACUCUGUCCGCGCCGGUGAGAGAAGACAACUAACAGUUCCGCAUGAAACAAUCAAACGAAAUGGUGCCAAAGAUGAAGAACGAAAGUCUGGUUUGAGAAGGAAAAGUUCUCGACCGAGAUCGUCGAAAAGACGUAUAUCUUCGAGAAUAAGGCAGCAAAGAAUGGAAAACAUUGAACCGACAGAGAUAAUCCAGCAAAAGGAAAGAACGACUACUGCCACUGCUGUUAUUGAUACUACUACUGUUACUUCUACUUCUACUACUUCUGCUUCUACUACUGUGACCCCAUCCAUUACAGCUUUUGAGAAGAAAGUUACGGAGCAAAUUGAUAGUAACAUUUUCGGGGACUCAGAAUCACAAACUUUUAAAGAGCUUGAUACGAGGGCGAUCGGUCAUCGAGACGCGAUAUACUCGAAGAGCUUAGACGAUAAAAGUUACGAUUCAAGUAGGAGUAAGGACAUAGAGCGAUCGUUUGAUCGGCAGAUUAUGGAAGAGCAUACGAGGAGCUCGGAACUACGUGCUGAUCAAAUAGAGGAGGAAAAAUGGGAAACAGAAUUGCCGGAUUAUACGCAGACUACUGAAGGAAAAGAUACGACCGAAAAUCCAAAUAAUGCAAACGAAGCGAAAUCGACAGAAGUUGCACACGUCUCUGAAGAGAAGUCUUCCACCGAAGAGGAAGAUCCUUACAAGGAGUACGAAUUUCCGGAUGAUGAUGAAGCUGAUAGGAACGAAGAAAAACUCGAAGAGAACUCGCAGGAUCGAUCUAGCAAGAUUUCUUCCGACGAAGUCGUGACUUCUCGUGAAGGUAACUUGGAAGAAGAAUCAGCUUACGACGAAGAUAUAAGCGAGAAAUCGAGCACUGAUAUUUCGGACGAAGAGCAGAGUUCAACUGCGAAUUACAAUGAGGAGGUAAAUUCAGAAGAAUUGAACGAGUAUCAAGAUAUAACAGAAUCGUCUGCGGAGAGUACGCGCAGCAUUCAAGAAGAUUACAGGGAGUAUCCGGAAAGUACCGAGGGUUCCACGAUGGAUUAUACAAACCCCGAGGAGUACACCGAUUCUCAGGAGGACAUCGCAGCUCCGACCGAAGAUGGCGAGGGCAGUACUGAGGGUGUCCUAAAAUUCACAGACGAAUUACCAUUAUCAGACGAUAACGAGGACGAGGAAACAACAGAAGAAUCGUUGACAUCUAACGAAAAUGAUGCGCAUGAUUACGUCGAUGACAAUUACGAGCCGGAAAAUUACAAGACAGAAAUUGCGAUGAAAUUGGACGAAUUUGAAGAGGAUAAGAGUGAGGAAAAGAACGAUGAAGAAAAGAAAGAUACGUCAGCGAAAGAGAAAGAUUCCGAUCGUACAGAGAAUAUAGAGAAUAUAGAGAAUAGUGAUAGCGUCGAAGAAACGCAGACGGAUCAGGCCGGCGUCACGGAGAUCAAGGAUCUCGAAGAAAUCGCAAGUUUAACCACAACUUCAUCGACCACAACACCGGCAUUAACUACGACGACAUCGAGCACAACGGCAUCAACUACGAUGACAUCGAGCACAACGGCGUCAACUAUGACAACCUCAACCACAACAGAUUCGACUAUAACGGUAUCAAGCUCGACUCCGAUUACAACUACUGCUCGAUCGACGACCAUCACUCGUCGACCAAAAACUACUACCUCUCGUGCCACGCCACCGAAAAUCUUUAAGCCUACUGGGAACAAAAGGAUUUAUGCUUACAUUCCUCCUACGACGACUCCGAAUCCGGUCGUGAUCAAACCGAGAUUAGGCCUAUUUAAUCCGAAGCCUGCGAAACCGAUUAAAUCUUAUAACGAAUUGGCACCGAAACCAACGAUCAGGAAGCUCAUUUUACCUACACGAAAAUCUACUACCACUACCACUGAAGCUAUUACUAUUAUUACUACAGAAAUGUUGAAUACUGAAAAUUCAGAAAUAACGACGGAGCCUGUAACGACGGUAGCAUCGACGACGGCAGCAUCGACGACGACAGCAACGAUAGCAACAGCGAUGACGGCAGCAGCAACGACGACGGCAGCAACGACAACGAUGGCAACAGCGGCAACGAUGGCAGCGACGACGACGACGACGGAAUCUAACAGAAGCGAGGAGAACGGUCUCGAGAGCAAACUGGAAACAAACGAACAUAUAUCCCUCGAUUCUCUCGCAAAGAAUAAUCAAACGAACAAGGACAAUCAACUUCCGAACUCGUCCGAGCAAAAUACUUCGAUCAACUCUUCGGAAAACACUGAUCCGGGAAUGACAACCACGACAAUUGAAACUUUUACUCCUUAUCCUCUACUUAAACUAUCCACUCUCGCGCCUUCCAUCGAGCGGACAAUGAAGGACAUAGAAAUUAAACCACAGGAAACGACAGAGGACAUUGAUACUCUCGUUCCAACGACUAUUCCACCGACAACGUUACUGUCCGAAAAGUCCGAGUAUGUUGAGAUCGCGCCGAGUACUGAGAAAUACCUUGAAGUAACGGAGACCACUAUAUCUUCCACUUCCAAAGUCUAUCAGCAGGGAAACGUCUUCGGUUUCUUCGGUUCUUCCGGUUCCUGAACGUGCCACGUCGGUUUCAGUUU